GCGGCCAUAUAAGGCAGGGCCUGGCGGGCCUCAGCAACGAAGUAGUCGCCAGACUUCAGGCUGGGAUUGUGGAGGCCCGGCCGCUGCCACCGCCGCAGCCGACGCCCCGGCCCCCACAUGCAGCGCCGCCCCUCUGUGGCCGCCCGUGAAGCAAGGCUGCCAAGCCCGGCCUCCGCCUGCCUCCCUCCUCGCGGCUUUCCGCGUCCUCGCUGGGCGGGCGCGAUGCGGCUGGGCCCAAGGCUAGCUGCGGCGGGGCUGGGGCUGCUGCUGUUGCUGUCCGCCGCGGUGGCCGGCGCCAGCAAGGCGGAGGAGCUGCAUUACCCGCAGGGCGAGCAUCGGGCGGACUACGACCGCGAAGCCCUGCUGGGUGUCCAGGAAGACGUCGAUGAGUAUGUUAAACUUGGCCACGAAGAGCAGCAAAGACGAUUGCAGUCGAUCAUAAGGAAAAUUGACUCGGACUCUGAUGGCUUUCUCACUGAACAUGAACUCAGUCAGUGGAUUCAGAUGUCUUUUAAGCAUUACGCUAUGCAAGAAGCCAAACAGCAGUUUGUCGAAUAUGAUAAGAACAACGAUGGUACUGUGACAUGGGAUGAGUACAACAUCCAGAUGUAUGACCGCGUGAUUGACUUUGAUGAGAACACUGCACUGGAUGACACAGAGGAGGAGUCGUUUAGGCAGCUUCAUCUAAAGGAUAAGAAGCGAUUUGAAAAAGCUAACCAGGAUUCUGGUCCUGGUCUGAGUCUUGAAGAGUUUAUUGCAUUUGAGCACCCUGAAGAAGUUGAUUAUAUGACGGAGUUCGUCAUCCAAGAGGCUUUGGAAGAACAUGAUAAAAAUGGUGAUGGGUUCGUCAGUUUGGAAGAAUUCCUUGGUGAUUACAGGAGGGAUCCAACUGCAAAUGAAGACCCAGAAUGGAUACUUGUUGAAAAGGACAGAUUCGUGAAUGAUUAUGACAAAGAUAACGAUGGCCGGCUUGAUCCCCAAGAGCUGUUGUCGUGGGUAGUGCCCAAUAACCAGGGCAUUGCACAAGAGGAAGCUCUUCAUCUGAUUGAUGAGAUGGAUCUGAAUAGUGACAAAAAGCUCUCUGAAGAAGAGAUUCUGGAAAACCAAGACUUGUUUCUUACCAGCGAAGCCACAGAUUAUGGCAGGCAGCUCCACGACCAUUAUUUCUACCACGAUGAGCUUUAACCGAGCUGCCCAGCAGGGCGGGGCCUUUUGUAGUUUGUACCAGCUUUACUUUUAUGAUAAAAUAUGGAUGUUGUAUUUUACACUCUUAAGUCUUACCACAUCAGAUGAUCUAAAUACAAAUUAUAACUUUUGGCCUUUUAGAAGAAAAACAAAACAAGAACUUGUCAUUUAUUUCAAGACAUAUUGAAGGGGUAAAGCAUUAAUAUUGUGCCAUAUGAUCACAGUCUUUCCUAAGAACUCCAUCUAUGUAGUGCUGUGUUGUGGGAUGUUUGAGCUCUGCUUCCAUACUUGAAGACAUGGAGGACUUAGACAGUCUAAACGGUAGUAUUUAAGUAGCGUGUAAUGAAGCUGUCAGUUUUCGUUCUUGUACUAGUAGACUUACUUUUGAAACUGACAAAGGACACUGUGUUUAGGUUUAGUGUUAUAUCUUAAAACCUUUAGCGGAACCUUCAGAAGGACUUACACCUCACAUAGAUGUUGAGAAGUUCUACUUAAUUUUAAAAUGGUUUCUAAAAAGGGUUUUGUCGUAUGAAAUAGAACUUUAUAUUUUUGCAUAUGUAUAGAUAGUAAUUAUAUUUAAUGUAUAACUAUAGCAUUAUGGUGAGUGGAAAUUGACGUUGUCCAGAACUCUUCACUUUUGAUUGAUUAAAAAUAAACUGUCUUUUUAUAUGUUUGGAUUUUUUUAAUUUUUCCAGAUAAAUCUUAAUUCAGCAUGGGUUUUGUUGUAGUUUAAACAUUAUUCAUUCCUUUAUUAGGUAGUGAAUGUUCUCGAGAUUGUUAAUUAUUCUUGGUACAUAGUCUUAUUUGCCUUUUUUUAAAUAAAAAUAAUUAUGCUAUAAUUGAAUGUGCA